UGAAAAUAAGGUAUAGAUGUCAUCAGGAAACUAUAUUUGUUUCUCAGACACGCUGUCAAACACACCGGCACCCGAUGGCGUCAUGUUUCACGCGUGACGUCUGUGCUGUGGAUGUGAUGCAUGUGGAUGUGGAGUAACUGUCCAUGGUGCUGAAACCACCGCAGCGUCUGGAUGCGCGUUCCGGAGUCGCGAGGCGUCAAUGUGCGCAUCUUUUGAGCUCGUAUUUCUAUACUUUACAUCCAUAGCAGACUCAAAACAGUGUCGGAAUGCUGCUCAACGACACCUUCAAGAACCUGGAGGAUGGUUUAUAUCUGUUAAACUCCUCCAGCAACGAGACGCAUAACGCGGAUUCUCACGGCAGCAGCGCGAUCUUCAUCUCCUUCAUCUAUUCCGUGGUGUGUCUGGUGGGACUCUGUGGGAACUCGAUGGUGAUUUAUGUGAUCUUUAGGUAUGCAAAGAUGAAAACUGCGACGAACAUCUACAUUUUGAACUUGGCGAUCGCGGAUGAGUUACUCAUGUUAAGUGUGCCCUUCUUAGUCACCUCUUCUUUACUUCAUCACUGGCCCUUUGGUUCGCUCCUGUGUCGUUUGGUUUUAAGUGUUGAUGCCAUUAACAUGUUCACCAGCAUCUAUUGUCUCACCGUGUUGAGUAUUGAUCGCUACAUCUCCGUGGUGCAUCCCAUCAAAGCCGCCCGGUACCGGAGACCCACCAUCGCCAAAAUGGUCAACUUAGGAGUCUGGAUGUUCUCCAUCCUGGUCAUCCUACCCAUCAUCAUCUUCUCCACCACUGCACCCAACUCUGACGGAUCGGUGGCUUGCAACAUGCAGAUGCCUGAGCCCGAGCGCCAGUGGAUGGCUGUGUUUGUGAUAUACGCCUUUCUGAUGGGCUUUCUCUUCCCUGUCAUUGCCAUAUGCAUGUGCUACAUCCUCAUCAUAGUGAAGAUGCGGGUGGUCGCGUUGAAAGCGGGCUGGCAGCAGCGCAAAAAGUCCGAGAGGAAGAUCACACUGAUGGUGAUGAUGGUGGUGACAGUGUUCGUGAUCUGCUGGAUGCCUUUUCACAUCGUGCAGCUGGUGAGCGUGUUCGUCCAGCAGCACAAUGCCACUCUCAGUCAGCUGGCUGUGAUUUUGGGAUAUGCCAACAGCUGUGCCAACCCCAUACUGUACGGAUUCCUGUCGGACAACUUCAGACGCUCCUUCCAGAGGAUUUUAUGCCUCCGAUGGUGGGAUAACGCCACGGAGGAGCCCAUAGAUUACUAUGCCACGGCUCUGAAGAGUCGAGGAUACAGUGUGGAUGACUUUCAGCCGGACAAUCUGGAAUCGGACAGCACGUACAGGAAUGGCACCUGCACAUCCAGAACUACGACUAUGUAGGAUUCUGUAUUGCAGCAUGAAACUUUUGUUAUCUGUUGUCAUUG